CACUCUGCUCUUGCCUUCUCGUGGUUUUGUCGCGCGGGGCUCUGGCCCGGUGUCCGACCCGACACGAGCUGCCGAGGAACGUGAGAGAAAUGUGUCACCGGCGCGCGGAGGAGGCGACAGACAGCAGCUUUAAUAAACACGAUAAACCAUCAUGAUUCCCAUCACAGAGCUCCGGUACUUUGCUGACACCCAGCCAGCGUACCGUAUCCUGAAGCCAUGGUGGGACGUAUUCACCGACUACAUCUCAAUCGUCAUGCUGAUGAUCGCAGUGUUUGGUGGCACACUGCAGGUCACGCAGGACAAGAUGAUCUGCCUGCCUUGUAAGUGGGUGAUCAACAGGUCGUGCGAGACCAUGCCCGUCUCGAACGUGACUGUCCCCUUUGCACCGGAACCCAAAGGCAUUCAGUAUGACCUCGACCGUCAUCAGUAUAAUUAUGUGGACGCUGUUUGCUACGAAAACAAACUACACUGGUUUGCCAAAUAUUUCCCCUAUCUGGUGCUACUCCACACUCUUAUCUUUCUGGCCUGCAGCAACUUCUGGUUCAAGUUCCCACGCACAAGCUCCAAACUGGAACACUUUGUCUCCAUCCUCCUCAAAUGUUUUGACUCCCCGUGGACAACAAGGGCUCUGUCCGAGACCGUGGUCGAGGAGAGCGACUCCAAACCUUUGGGGAAAAUGAACGGUUCAAUGGACAAGAAGGCCUCGUGUGUGAGCGAGGACGUUGAAGCGAGUGUGCCCAUGCUCCAAAGAACAAAGUCCAGAAUUGAACAAGGAAUUGUAGAUCGCUCUGAAACUGGGGUCUUAGAUAAAAAGGAAGGGGAGCAGGCCAAGGCUCUUUUUGAGAAAGUGAAGAAGUUCAGGAUUCAUGUGGAGGAGGGUGAUAUAGUGUACCGUCUCUACAUCCGUCAGACCAUCAUCAAAGUAAUCAAGUUUAUACUUAUCAUUAGCUAUACAGGGUACUAUGUAAGCUACAUCAGGUUCAGUGUAGUGUGCGCGGUGGAGAUUCAGAAUCUGACAGGAUACAGCACGUUCUAUUGCGCUCACCCGUUAGCAACUCUUUUCAAGAUCCUGGCCUGUUUCUACAUCAGCUUGGUGGUGGUUUAUGGUCUUAUAUGCAUGUACACUCUCUGUUGGAUGCUCAGCCGCUCACUCAAACGAUACUCCUUUGAGUCGAUCCGCGAGGAGAGCAGCUACAGCGACAUCCCUGAUUUAAAGAACGACUUUGCCUUCAUGCUGCACAUGAUAGAUCAGUAUGACCCUCUCUACUCCAAGCGCUUUGCUGUGUUUCUGUCAGAGGUGAGCGAGAACAAGCUGAGGCAGCUGAACCUCAACAACGAAUGGACGUUGGAGAAGCUGAGGCAGCGCAUCACCAAGAACUCGCAGGAUAAGCUGGAGCUGCAUCUGUUCAUGCUCAGCGGGAUCCCAGACACAGUGUUUGAUCUGCUAGAGCUGGAAGUGCUCAAGUUGGAGCUUAUUCCUGAUGUCACGAUCCCUCCGAUCAUCGCUCAGCUUUCAAACCUGAGGGAAAUGUGGCUCUACCACACACCAGCUAAAAUUGAGGCUCCCGCUCUGGCUUUCCUGAGGGAGAACCUGAAGUCGCUCCACAUUAAGUUCACAGACAUAAAGGAGAUCCCACUGUGGAUCUACAGCCUGAAGAACCUCAGUGAGCUCCACCUCACUGGGAACCUGAGUGCGGACAACAAUCGCUUCAUUGUCAUCGAUGGACUCCGAGAGCUCAAAAGGCUCAAAGUGCUGCGUCUGAAAAGCAACCUGACCAAGCUGCCACAGGUGGUGACAGACGUGGGCGUGCACCUCCAGAAGCUUUCUAUCAAUAAUGAGGGCACUAAACUGAUGGUGCUCAACAGCCUGAAGAAGAUGGUCAACCUGACGGAGCUCGAGCUCGUUCGCUGCGAUCUCGAACGCAUCCCGCACUCCAUCUUUAGUUUGCACAACCUGCAGGAGAUCGACCUGAAGGACAACAACCUGAAGACGAUCGAGGAGAUCAUCAGCUUCCAGCACCUGCACCGGCUCGUGUGCCUGAAGCUGUGGUACAACCAGAUCGCCUACAUCCCCAUUCAGAUCGGCACGCUCACCAACAUGGAGCGGCUGUAUCUGAACAGGAACAAGAUCGAGAAAAUCCCCAGCCAGCUUUUCUUUUGUCGCAAACUGCGCUUCUUAGACCUGAGUCACAACAAUCUGACCAGCAUCCACGCUGACAUCGGCUUCCUCCAGAACCUGCAGUACUUUGCUGUGACGGCAAACAGGAUUGAGACUUUGCCCCCAGAGCUGUUCCAGUGUAAGAAGCUGCGCACUCUGAAUCUGGGUAACAACUGCCUGCAGACGCUACCAUCGCGCUUCGGGGAGCUCACCGGGCUGACCCAGCUGGAGCUGAGAGGGAACCGUCUGGAGUGUCUCCCGGUGGAGCUGGGCGAGUGUCGGCUGUUGAAGAGGAGCGGGCUGGUGGUGGAGGAGGACCUGUUCAACACGCUGCCAACAGAAGUGAAAGAGCAGCUUUGGAGGGCCGAUAAGGAGCAAGCUUGAGCCAAACCUCUGCGGAGAACUGCAGAGGAAAGAAGUUUGAUUUUUAGAAACAAAUAAGCAGUGAUUUUGUUCAUAAAGGUAGGCGUUGAUCAUGCGGGCCCAGAAAAGUAAUGGUUUUGUUGUUUGGUUGGUGCUUGGGGUUUCCCUGUCAGGACCUGUAUAAGCACCAAAGUCAAAUUUCAUAACCUCCAAGGAUGUCUUUUUGGGAAAUCUCAUGAUCAUCAAGGAAAAAUGUCAAGCUCGGUGAUGAAAGAUGGUUUAUUAAUGUGGCUUUUUUCUGUGUUUCAUCCUGAAUGUGAAGCUGCCAGGAUGCAAGCAGGGUGAUGUUGAAUAUGCAUGCCACAGUAGGAUCUUUGCUACGGCAAACCUGUUUAUUAGAGAGAGCCAAAAAAAACAAAACAAAAAACAGUUUGCACGAUUCAGCCUUUUCAGUGAGCUCAAUGUGUUCGCUAUCACUCCUUAGCUGACCAUGAAAUAAAUGCACAAAUUGAACGUGCUCAAAGCAGUUUUUGCCUGACCUCCCUCUGGCCUUGAGACUCAAAAUUUUACUUUUGAAAUUUUUACACUUACAUUUGCAGUUGAGGCGCAGUGUGGCUCCAGAUACUGGCAGAUGUUAAUAAACACAUCGUGGUGCAACUGGCAGCCGAUUUGUCGAGGCAUGAAGGUUCAGCUCGUUUUAUUUCCUUCAGGCUGCGUAUGCUCAACAUGCUUGGAGGCGUCUUACUAUGUGAUCAAAACGACUCUGUGAUGACGAUCAGCAGAUGAUCCCACAGAUGAACUCACAGCUUUGGCCUUAACUCAGUAGACUGAUGAUGAAACUACAUCAAAGAAAAGCUGUCCAACAUUCAGCGGAAAUAAAUGGGAACAAACUCUUAAGUACGUCUAAAUACCCUACACUCAUUAAUUUAUAACGUCGGCUUGUGUGGAAGGCUUUUUGUCAGCUGUAGUGGAGAAAUGCACCGUUCAUCAUGGACUCUUUACGUUCUUUCACUAAACAUCAUGUGUUAUUUAAGCACGUGAAACGGGCUUUACUUUUAUUUUGCAUGAUUUAACAUCACACACAUUACUAAUGUGUCUUAUUUAGAUAUGUAAGAUCAGUAGGAUUGGGCCUGUAGAAACCAGGUCAAGAAUUUAUCUCACUCCAAGAUACAUUAUUUGGCACUUACAUGCACACGCCAGUAACAUGUACAUGUUCAUGUAUCAUUAGCCUGUGAAACAGGCUGUAUUCUGAUCAGUUCAACAUUCAGAGACUAUGUGAUUUAUAAGUCAGUGAGUGACUGAGUGCCACACAGUCUGUACAGCCAUUCAUUUGUCAUUUUGUGCAAGAAUUCAUUUUAAGCUUCUCAUGUCUUAUUUCAGAUGGACAUACAGUGCAUUCAGACCCCUUCACUCUUUUCAUAUUUUAUGUUGCAGCUUUAAGCUAAUAUUGUUAAAAAAAUUUUCCCUCAUCAAUCUACAGUCAGUACAAAUGUAUUAAAAAGGAAAAAAGGAAAUGUCACAUUGAUAUACGGUAAGUAUUCAGACCCUCUGCUAUGGUAAAUCCUAAAUGGACUGCACUUACAUAGCGCCUCUCUAGUCUUCCAACCAUUCUUAAGCAUUUUUACGCUACAAGCCACAUUCACAUGCUGAUGGCUGGGGCUGCCAACCUGCUUAUCAGGAUCUAAUCAUUCACACACUGAUGGCGCAGGUGCGUGAAUGUGUGUGCUUGUGAGCAAUUAAGGGUACACUAUCUUUGCCAAGGACCCUUUAAAAUGUGGACUGCAGGAGCCAGAAAUGGAACUGCCAAUCUUCUGAUUAGUGGACGACCUGCUCCACCACCUGAGCCACAGUCCCAGUCUGGCUUCUGUUUGGCAGGGAGGAUUCUCAGACUGAGAGAUACAAGAUUAUCUGGUCUGAUGAAACUAAGGUUGAACUAUUUGGCUUCAAUUCUAAGCGUCAUGUUUGGAAGAAACCAGGCACCACUCAUCACCUGCUCAAUACCCACCCAACGGAGAAGCGUGGUGGCAGCAUCAGGCUGUGGAGGUCUUUUCAGUGACAGGGACUGGAACACUGGUCAAGGUUGAGGAAAAGCUAAAUAGAACAAAGUACAAAGCUAUCUUUAAUGAAAUGGUCCAGAGCACUCAGGACCUCCAACUGGGCUUAAUGGCCCUAAGCACACAGACAGGAUAACAAAGGAGUGACUUAAGAACAAGUUUGAAUGUCCUUGAGUGGCCAUCCAGAACCCUGACCCUGACCCUAACCCUAACCCUAACCCAAUUGAACUGAAAAUGGCAGUCCACGACAGUCCUCAUCAACGUAAUAGAGAAGAAUGGCAGAAAAUCCCCAAAUCCAAAUGUGCAAAGUUUGUUGCAUCCUACUCAAGAAGAGUUGAGUCUGUAAUGGCUGCUAAAGGUGUUCCAUUUAAGUACUGAGAAAAGGAUCUAAAUACUUAUGUCAAUGUGAUAUUUCAGUUUUUCCUUAUUAAUAAAUUUGGGAAGUUAAAAUUCUUUUUUCACUUUCUCAUUUUGCGAUAUUGAGUGUAAAUUGAUGAUGGGGAAAAUGAAUUUAAAUGGAUUUGGCAUGCAGCUGCAACAUAAUAAAAUGUGAAA